AGUAACUGAGGAGACAGGACCUGGGGGUGGAGGGCUAUCCAGGGCACCUACCCCCAAGCCACUCUUGCAUUCCAUCCUUUCUCUUUCGUUUUUUUCUGAGGCAGAGUUAUCACUAUCUCAUUGGGAAAUGGUUGGUAGGAGUACCCAUCCCACUACCUUGCAGAACACAGCAAGGGAGGGAGGCCCAGGAGUCAGAGCCAAGGGAAGAAGUAAUCAUGGGGGUUGGUAAUGUGAGGUCUGGCAGCCAUGCCUCUUAUCUUUUCCUGGGUCCUCUGUUCAUCAACACUGUGGGGGUCUGGCUGGAAGAUGGUGGGCCUGCCUUCCUACCCCUCAGGCCCUUCUGAGCAAAGGGGCAACUCUGCUGUGGGAGAAAACACACCUCACUCUUACUUUCCUUUUGGGAUAAACACUGUUCCAUCUUUCUUCCAGAAGGGUUCUAUGAAGGGCAGAGGAGAAUCUAGCAUUCGUGAUGGUUACCCUCCUUAGUGUAUAGUGACCACCUCACAUUCUAGAAACAGGGAAGUCAAAUAAUUCCAAGUCCUGAUUGUUCUAGAACCUUUGGAUCUUCAUUGACCCCAGGCUGCCAAAGGGAGAUUUAAAAACCUGAACCAAUAUCUCCCUUCCCCAAACUGAAACUGGCUUCUUUGUCUCCAGUUGGUCCAGGCACAAUGUCCAGCCUAUUUGAGGAAAUCACGAGUUGUGGUCCAAGAGAUGGAGCUGGAGGGGAUAUGAUUGCUGUCAGAAGCAUCCUUGACUCUGACAGAUUUCACUGCUUCUCUUUGGUGAGUGGGAGGAGAAAUUUCCGGAGAUGCCAGUACCACAGGACAGACCUCACCCUAGAGGACAUAGUGGAGAGAGAGGAGGGUGAAGUGCUGUUUGAUAAGCUGGAUUCUGGGCUCCAAGGCCAAAAGGCUGAGUUCCAAGUUCUGGAUGUGGUAGACUCAAAAGGAAUGUUGAUAGUGAAAUUAUCCAAAGAAAUAAUAAUUGCAGGGACCUUCCACAGAUCCCACAAGCAGAGAAUCAAGACAUUGGAGACCUGGACCCAGCAGUAUCUGGAUUCCCUUGAGAACAGUGAGUUGAAGAGAAAACUACCUACUUUGUUGCAAUCAAUCUGGGAAAUGAGAGCAGACCUCUAUCUGGUGACAGAGACUCUGGAGACAGCAAGGAAGGAAACCCUGAAAACUGAAUGGCAGUGUAUGUUGCGGAGCUGGAUGGGAGGCAGGGUCUGUGAGAGAACCAGCCUUGGCCCACCCAUGGUAAGUCAGGGAGAUACCAGCCCAGAUGUCAGGCUCUUCAGCUCUCCUUCCAGACCUCCCCACCAAAGGUCAGUAACCAACCCCCUAAAGCAGGUCCUGAGCUAUUGAGUAAAGCAGCUCAUCUUUCCCAACAUGGAGAGAAUGAGGAAAUCCUUGAGUUUGGAGGACUUCAGAAACAUGAAGGAGAAGGUGCAGGACAUGCUGAGAGGCCUCUAGGAUCUGACUGAUGUGCUAAGCUGCCUCACUAAGCACCUCAACAAGGAGGGGCAGCGACAGAAUCUAGAACAAAGGGUGUCUGAGGCCCUGAUCUCUGGUGACCUGGAGGGUCCAGCAGAUCCUCUUGUAAGUAGCCUUUUUAAUCUUUUUAAUGCUGCUGGGAUCUUGGUAGAAACACAUACAGAAUCUAUUCUGAAUGUCCUGGAUGCCUUGAUCGAGAUAUCUUAGGAGCAGCAUCUUGUGGCUGAGGCCCUGGAAAAGGGGAUCCUGUCCCUGUUGAAAGACCAGAUAAAGUCUGUCCUGGAGCAGAACUGGGGUGAGCAGCCCCACGAUGUGGGCUGUGACCCUGAUGCAAGAUUUCUCUGUGCCCUCCGUGUUGCUGUCUCCGUCCUGCUGCAGCUGGGUGAGAAGCCUAUCUUAGUGUCUUCCUAACUGUGUUAGCUCUUGAACCAUCUGGAUGCUCCCCUCCCGGACCGUCCUCUCCCCCUGCACCCCCAAUCACUAGAACAAUGUCUUUAUAACAGACAGCUGACUUUUCUUUGAUAGAUCCCAUUCCCUUCAUGAUAAUGCCCCCAAAUCAGCCUACAUUAUAUGCAUGGACUUUUCUAAGAGUGGCAGAUUGAUCAUAUUAAUUUUCUCUCCUUGAAAUCUCACUAAAUAAAGUACUAGAAAAGAUGUAAACCCACAAUGAUAAAGAGAACAAGGCAGCAGAUAAGAGAUUCUGACACAUCUUUGGAAACUAGCAGGUUACUAAAGGAGUUUAAGCCGGGAGGUGUGGGCCUGAGAUGUGCUGGAAGUGUAGGGGGAGACUGCUCUUCUCUCAUCUUGAGGCUUUUCUCUUUAAUAUUUUUAAGACAAGGUAAU